UUCAAGGCAAGCUAGGCGCUAAUAACGCACUGCUGCAUCGCUACCGUAGCUACCGUACCGUCUCUCGCUUUUGACGUAAUUGCUGCAUUAAAUCCGAUUUGCGGGACUGGACAGUACAGACCGCCGCAACAGUCUGGAAAAAUGUGGCCCAGAUCGGAUUUAGACCACAUACGAAAGUGACCCAGAUCGGAUUUGAAAUGGUCCCGUUCUAUGCGACUUGUCACGUUCAGACCGUCAAGUUAAUGCCUCACUCGAGUCGCAAAAACACGAAAAAAUCGGAUUCGUGCAUUAAGACCUGUAGUAUGAACGUAGCCUUAGUUCGGACGCUCAGUUGCCUUGACAUUUUUCCGAGUAAGGCCAACGACGUCAUGCAUCAAGAGAGACAAUAGCUAAUUAAUAUGCUCACUCGCCACCCUGUGGUCUGGGGUGUUAAUUGCAACCUGUCAAAAUGACGGAUGGACUUCAGUUUUUUCCGUCACCGUUUUAAAAAACCAGUCAACGACGGAAAAUAUUCGGUUAACGCGACCCCUGGUUCCCAGUCUAAAUGAUAUCUCGAUUCUUGCAGGAGCAUAUCGAUAACCUUUUGGGAUAUAAAGUAUCACGAUAUAUAAUCAUUUCGAUAUUUUGUCACACUCCUACAUUUAAUACACUCCAUGUUAGAAUGAGAUGCACCUACCAAAUUUUCAAAUUCAGAUACAUGAGGGAAAAAAACUGACAAAGGGAUGAAAUGCUGUCACUUUUUACCAGAGACAAGUUCCAAGAAUCACACACACGCUCCCAUAAAUAAUAGAAGUGAAGGCAGUUUGAAUAACACAAUCACCAGGACCAAUAGGAAAAAAGCCUCCCAUUCUUGAGGAGGGAAGGGGCUGGUAGUGAGUCAAACUAAGUCUAAAGACUUUACAGUCAGUGGAACAAUCUCACUCCGCUCAAACGCGCACACACUGAGAGCCCAAAGAUGCUUUCACUGUAAGACCUGGAGCUGCAGAAACUUCAUACUGGAAACAUCAUCACAACAAUAUGACCGAUAACUCAUUGUUUUCAAUACAUUGAUUGUUUGAACAAAAGGAGGGAAAAAAAACGAGCCUCGGGGAUACUUAUGGACUUUGUUGUCAUGGAAACCAGAGCCUGGCAGCGGACGCAAGGACCGCCGAAGGUGGAAUGACCUGCCCAGACCGCAUCCCCGACAAGUUACUGUCACACUGAGAGAAUGCUGUGGAGAAUAACCAUCGCAGCCGUAUUGGCUGGAGUGCUCUGCAUCACGGCUGAAACCAAAAAGUCGCGCCCGCAGAGUUAUAUCCCGUCGCCGUACAAGAACAAAGGAAACCUGUCCUCCGAACGCCACCAGCGGCUACUGCAUCAGAAGCCCGAGGUGCUUUCCUCUAGCCGCGAGGCCUUGGUGGUGACCGAGCGCCGCUACCUUCGCAGGGACUGGUGCAAGACCCAACCCUUGCGCCAGACCAUCAGCGAGGAGGGUUGCCUGAGUCGCACCGUGGUCAACCGCUUUUGCUACGGCCAGUGCAACUCAUUCUACAUCCCAAGACAUAUGGGGCCCAGCGGCUCAGGACACAGCCAGAAUCGAGGGCAAGGUAGAAAAGGCCACAAUAAGGCCCAGGAGCCGUUUCAGUCUUGUUCCUUCUGCAGGCCGCACCGCGUCACGCAGCUGACGGUGCAGCUGGAUUGCCCUGACCUGCAGCCCCCUUUCAGGCACCGAAAAGUGCAAAGGGUCAAGCAGUGUCGCUGCAUGUCUGUGGACGUGAGUAGCCGUGGAAAGCUGUGAAGACCAUAGAGAAACAGACAAAUGAUGCCAAAAAUGUCCCGUCUCCGUGCUUGGAAUGGAAUGAAACACAGAACGAGAAGGCACUGAUUAAAUACAAAGCAAACUAAAGCACAUGUUAAGAGACUGGUACAUGUCAGUCUGGACUAGAUAUUUUACUUUGUUAACAGAGACAGGAGUCCAAAGUCAAAAAGAUAUCCCUCAACCCAAACUGUGAAAAGGUGUUUACCUGUAGGAGAUGUUCGGUAGUACUACUUUUUCUUUUAAUUCUCUGCCUCAUUUUGAAUCUAUAUAGUGUCCUAAAUGCUGCAGAAUCAAUAAUCAAAAGGCAACACAACAUGGAAUUUUACCUUUUUGGACACACAAGUAGAGUACAAUACAAACAUAGUAACAACACAUUAUUGCUCAAAAUGUUUUAACAAGAAUUUAGUAGGAAAUCGUACACAUUUUUUUGUAUUUUGCUACAAAUAUGGUGGGAAUGCAUAUUUGGAAAAUUUUGUACUGCUCUGAAUCAACAUGGUUGAAAAUAUUUGUUUUCCCAUGGAAACCCCAAAUAGAUGUUAUCUACAGGCAAAAGUGCAUUCAUUUUUUUUUUCGUACAAAAUGCUAUUAAUUUCAUGUGAGAACAGGCUGUACUGCUGCAUGUGUAAGUAAAGUGCAAUGCAAUAUAUAUGUUAAACAAUAUAUACAUGCUACGUAUGUGUGCAUAUGUGAAAAAAGUAUAUUAAAUCUAUUUCAUAAAAUUGUUUACUUUUUUUUGCCAUGACUGACAAACCGGAACAAUAAAAAAAAGACCCAAAAGCACGAAUUAAAGUUAAUUAUUUUAUUAUAAAUAUUUUUCACGGUGAAAAGGUAUUUCAUCAAAAAUCCCCGAUCCUCUCGCUCAGUUAGCACAUGGGUGUAUUAUAUGAAUAUAAAAAACUGCAAAGUAAUGUCAGCAUAAAGUGAGAUAUGAUAGGGUGAUGACUUCAUUUUUGGGUUAAGUGAUUCCAGCAAAAGGGGGGCUAUUUGAGGCUACCAGGAUGUGACAAAAUAAAAGUAUUCUCCGCCACUUAUCCUUUAAAUAUAAUUUUUGACCUACAAAUGUUGUCACUAAAAUCCAUGUUGUAGAGCACUCAUUUGUCAACCUUUGUGUGUAAUAAGGCACUGUGUCUGGAUGUGUUAUACGUCAUGUAUAUACAUAAAUAAGACUAAACCUGUGUUUGCCCAUUAAGUACAUUAGGGGAAGCUGUAAAAGAGAAAAAUCCUCUCCCUAUUGCUUAUAAAAUACAAUGCACGGAUACAGUGUUGCUACAAAUUUGCAGUAAGCAGUCUGGCAUCUUCGCCUGAAUCUCCAUGGCUUGAGUUUGUCUUUUGCAAGCUAUGAUUUAAUAUCUGCUGCCAGAAUGUGGCUGAAUGUUCCUCUUGAUAUGCUUAAAAUGGGCCAAUGCAUGACAAGACAGUAUUAUUAUUAUUAUUUUUUUUUAAAAAGAACAUGCUAGAUUAAAAUUGUCUUGAUGCGUCAAGUCUGAUUGUACUUGCGCAGUUAGCCUCGGUGAUUAGCGUUCUCUGCUUUACAUCUUCUGGCCCAGCUUUGCUUUCUGCGGAACAGAAACAAGAUUUUUAUUUCCCCCGAAUGAAUUUUCACAAGACAAUCAGAAAAACAUCAGACAAUGAAAAUGAACAACGUACGAUUCCAGUUGCAUGUUUGGGUUUGACGUUGUAGGAUGCUUUCUCCUUGGCUUGUCUGAAACACUCCUCUGCCACUUUCAGCCUAAAAUGAAUGAAAAAAAAAUGAAUGAAUUAUACAAAAUAUAGACAGGCAACUCAUGAACAUUAUUUUUCGAACACUUUGGAAUACAGGUAGUUACACAACACAGGGUAGGGUUCAGUUUUGCACUAUUUUGCCACAAUUACAAGAAAAAACAUUAUGGGGGAGGGGUGAGGAGUUUUUCAUCUUCAUCAUCUUAUUAGAAUAAAGUAAUGAUAGUCAAGAGAGGCAUCAAAUUGAACACAUCCAGAAGGAGAGAAAGUAAUGGUGACCCAAAACAAAAAGGGAAUUUUUGAAGUGCGCAUUAGGGAAAAAAGACAACGGCAAGCACUGCAAGACAGCAACCUUGAGCAAGUAAACACCCUGCCAAUUUAGUAACCAUGGUGAAUUCAGGAUCAAAUUCACAGUAUCCUAGAUGAGAUGUUUCAGUGGUCAGUAAGGAAUCUUAGCAGCAGAUAUCACAAAUGCUUUUGUACAGGGGGACGCCAGCUAAAGGCGUACUUUAAAAAAAAAAAAAAAAAAAAAAAAAAAAAAAAACACUAGGGAAGGUUUCAGUUUUGGCCAAUUUUAGCGACACCUGUGCACAAAAGCGGAAGUGUUUUGCCUUAAGGAAGACUGCGUUUCCCAUGAGUACCAGCGCACAGUGUCUUAAAAUGUGUUGCCUGCAGGUGGAUUGAAUGACAUUUCUGUUUCCAGCAGCUGUGUGAAGGAUGAAUAGUAAUAAGGUCAUGAAUCCAGUUGUGGAUAAACAAUAGCAUAUGACGGUUAGCAACUGUGUGGCUUAGUGUGAAUAACCCCCCACCACCACCACCACCAACUCCACCACUACUACUCG